AUGCGUAAGUUAUCAAAAGUAAUGGACAAGAGGGACAAGAGGAGUACUGAUCAGCAUGAUCAAAUGAAAGACUUUGAGUCAAUGAAGAAGCAAUUUGAAGAUCGGGUUACGGAGCUUGAUUCCAAAGAGAAGCAAUGUGACCGGCGGCUAAAGGAGCUUGAUUCAAACGAGAAACACUUUAAAGUACGAGCGAAGGAGUUGGAGUCGAAGCAAGAGAAAUUUGAAGGUCGAGUGAAGGAGAUUACAUCAAAAGAGGAGGCAUUUGAAGGUCGGGUGAAGGAGUUUGAAUCAAAAGAGGAGGACUUUAAAGUCCAAGUGAAGGAUCUUGAAAGGCAAGAGAAGGAGCUAAUUUCAAAGGAGGAGCAAUUUGAAGGUCGAGUGGUGGAGUUGAAAUCUAAAGAGAAGAAAUUUCAAGGCCAAGUAAAGGAGCUGGAAUCGAAAAAGAAGCGUCUUGAAAGGCAAGUGAAUGAGCUAAAUUCAAAGGAGAAGCAACUUAAAAGUUGGGUAAAGGAGGUUGAAUCAGAAAAGAAGCAUUUUGAAAGCCAAGUGAAGGAACUCAAAUCAAAAGAGAAACAAUUUGAAGGACGGGUGAAGGAGAUGGCGUCAAAAGAGCGACAACUUGAAGUCCAUGUAAAUGCAAUUGAAUUGAAAGAGCACGAAUUUAAAGGCAAAUUGAAGGAGCUUGAAUUAGUAAAGAAGCAUCUUGAAAGCCAAGUGAAGGAUCUCAAGUCAAAAGAGAAUCAACUUGAAGGUCGAGUGAAGGAGUUUGAAUCAAAAGAGGUGAACUUUGAAGACCGGGUGAAGGAGCUCGGUACAAAAAUGAAUGAUUUUGAAAGCCGAGUGAAAGAGCUAGGUACAAAACAGAAGUUUUUCGAAAGUCGAGUGAAGGAGCUUCGAUCAGAAGAGGAGGAAUUUAAAGGCAAAGUGAGAGAGUUUAAAUCAAAAGAGAAGGACUUUGAAGGCCGCGUAAGGGAGUUUGAAUCAAAAGAAGAGGAAUUUGAACUAAAUCGUUUUGAACUGCAACUAAAGGAGCUGAAAUCAAAAGAGAAUCAAUUUGAAGGGCAACUGAAGGAACUUGAGUUAAGAGACAAUCAAUAUGAAACAUUUAUAAAAUCUUUUGAAGAGGAAAUUGAAUCAGAAGAUCAUCCAAAUCCUGCCAUUGAUGGAAGAAGCUUGCAGUUUCUCCGAGUUGAACAGACUGACGAACUUGAGUCACAUGGAAAUGACAUUCUAGUCAAUCUUCUAGCAUCCUCAGAUCCAUCAAAAGAUGUUCUGGAUAUAAUACAGAACCACAUCAUUCCACAUUGUAAGGGAGACAAUGUUGUAACUAUUAAUGGUAGCCACGUUGUUCUGCUUGAACAACUAAUGAGAAUCUCACCACAUAUCAAACCUCAUGUACAAGAAGAAGCAUUGAAACUAGUCCUCAAUUUGAAAGCGUACAUUAGUGAAAAUACUGAAAAUUCCGUGGUGGUUCUUGGUUAUCUGCUCCUUCUGUCAAUUUAUGGAUUGGUUCCUUAUUUUGAUAAAGAUGAAAUUUUGAAGUAUUUUGGAUUUGUUGCUCAGCACAAAAUAGCAGUAGAGCUGUUUGGAAUGAUGGGUUUGACACAUAAAAUUUCUGAUUUUGUUCAGAAUCUUAUCGAUAAUCAGCAACAUGUUGAAGCUGUUAGAUUCAUUUGUGCUUGUAACAUUACCAACAAGAAUCAAUCAUCCGUUGAUCUCUUGUGGGAACUUGUGCAGUGGGCAAAAGUGAUUUCUGAGAGCAACUGCAAGAAAACCAACUCCAUUGAAAUCAAGGAUAAAGCAAGAGACCAAGAAAUUGCUAGUCUGGUGCGUUUCGGAUAACAAUAUAGAAUAUGUGGAUUUACUUGACCAGAUUCAAGGUAGAAUUCUUGAGCUAAACAAACAGAAAGGCAAACAGCGUUUGAAUUUGGAGGUAGGGUCAUCUUCUAAAGGUUAAAUGUGCAAAGAGAAAUUAUAUUUUGACAUCUAAAACCUCUUCCAACGUCGUAUUUUGAUAUGGUUUUGAUUUGUAUAUAGUUGUUUCUCUCCUUAGAUCAAACAAACAUUAACUCUGGAAGUAUUUUGUAAGGUGUCCGACGUAGAUGUCCUUUUUUUGUGUCGAGAUAACUAUGCUUAUGUGCUGAUGUAUUAACAGGAUUCUGUCUUAUUCAUCUCCAUGCAAAUGACAUGGAGAUGAUUAAUCAUUUCUAUCUUGCAUGCUUAUUUACUAUCCUUUGAAUUUAAAUUUAAAUUUAUAUAUGUUUGUAUUCGAAUUAUCUUUCCAUAAUCCUGCUUGUCC